AUGCAAACGAAUUUACCUAUAGAUGAUAUUAAUGAUAAUAUAAAUAAGAAUCUUGGAAUAGAUAAUCAGAUUUUAAGAGAAGAAUAUGAGUUUGAAACGCAUAUGAAUAGAAUAGAGAAUAAAUCAAUGUCAAAUCAAGAAGAGUUACGAGGACCUAUACAAUAUGAUAGUCAGCUACUGAAACAGCAUCUGGAUAGAUUUGACUUCUCAGUGAAUCAGAAAAUUGAUCAAAUUUUAGCACAGAGGUUUGAAACAUUAGGCCAAAGGUUAGAUCCAAGAUUGGUGAACGGUUUGGAGCAAAGAGUUGAGCAGAGUGAAUUACCAAUGCCUUUUUAUAUCAAGCCAGAGCAAGAGGAAGACUCUAUGGUGUUUUAUGAUAAUGUAAAUCAAGGCCUUAAUGUUAAUGGUGAAAUACCACAGCAAGAAUUACAAUCAACAUCCAAUCUCCAUCCGGACCAUAUCUACUCGGUCUACAACAACCUAGAACUAUACCAACGCCCCCCGAAUUACAUUCAAAACUUCGUCAAUAACGAAGUGGCCAGAGACGACCCGCAAAACUUAGUCGUUCACAGACAAUAUGACACUCCCAGUCCGUAUGAUGACGAGCUCAAAAAGAUACGGCAAGACGGCGGCGCCAAAUACGAAAUGGCGAAACACGAAGACCCAAAGGAAAAUCUUAAACCCAACGAGAAUAAGAUCUUCUAUUACGAGAAGAAUGAAAAUGAUUCCAGUCUGAAUAACAAAAUUUCAGACGACCUAUCAAUGAAUAUAAAGGGGCAGUAUAGCUGCUUUAAAUGUAAGGAGGUGCUGCCGUCUAAACGAGUACUGAAACAACACGCCAAAAGCUGUGAAAACGGCCUAACCGUUGAGGAACUAGAGAAAUUAGGGAAGUUCAGCUGCUCGCAGUGCGCCUACAGGUGCCAAUCGCCGGCCAUUUUGAAAAUACACGAGCGAACACAUUCCGGGGAAAAACCUUACGCUUGCACCUUCUGCGACUACAAAUCGGGGCAGAAGAACAACGUCGCUAAGCACAUUCUAGUCCACAUGAAGCAGAAACCGUUUCGCUGUCAGUUCUGCGAAUAUCGCUGUGCGCAGAAAAACAAUUUAGUGGUUCACGAACGGACGCACACCGGGUACAAACCGUUCGCCUGUCCGUUCUGUGAGUACCGGACCGUGCAGAAGCCGAAUUUAGUCAAACAUAUGUACUUGCACACAGACCAAAAACCGUUCAGUUGCGACAUGUGCAGUUAUAGGUGUGUGCAGAAAACGAACCUCACGAAACACAAGCAGAGGCAUAUAAACGAGAAGGAAGGUGAGAAAAUAGACAUUAAGAUACAAAACAAACCGUAUCGUCCUAGACAGAAGUCAGUGAAAUGUCCGUACUGUCCGUACAAAUGUGUUCAAAAGUCUAGUUUAGAGAAACACUUGCUGUUCAAGCACGGUGAAGGGAAAAGUGUUAUAAGUGACGGUAAAAGUGAGUUUAGUGCGGGGCAGAGUGAUUUCAAUUCGACUACUCCGAGUGAUUAUAGUGCGGGUCAAAGCGACUUUGACUCUGAGAAACGUGAUUUUGGUAAUCAGAGUGAGGAAAUAUGUGAUACAAUACAGAAUUUAAGCGUUAAGAAAGGUUCUCAGUUUGAUUGUGUUGAUAAAAUCGUCGAAUCACUGCCAAUUCAGUCGUAG